AUGAGUCUAGAAGACGAUACACGCUGGCUGGAAUGGGUCACCAAGCAGUUCGAGAGCAUUGCAGGAGACGACAAAGAAAUUGACCUGGAUGAGUUUAAAAAGGCACUGAAAGUAAAAGAGUCAUUUUUUGCAGAGAGAUUUUUUGCCCUGUUUGACUCUGAUGGCAGCAGCUCCAUCAGUCUGGAUGAACUUCUCAAGGCUUUGGAUCUCCUGAUCCACGGCAGCGAGACCGACAAACUGCGUUUCCUCUUUCAGGUCUACGAUGUGGAUGGCAGUGGUUCCAUUGAUCCAGAUGAGUUACGCACGGUUCUGAAGUCCUGCCUGCGUGAGAGCGCGAUAUCUCUCCCCGAAGAAAAGCUGGAUGACUUGACCUUGGCACUGUUUGAAUCUGCCGAUAAAGACAACAGUGGCUCCAUCACAUUUGAAGAGCUGAGGGCCGAGCUGGAGAACUUCCCUGAGGUUAUGGAAAACCUCACCAUCAGUGCUGCCAACUGGCUAAAACCUCCCUAUCUGGAGCAGAAGAAACGGAAGACCCCUCGCUACCUGACGCGAGCGUACUGGCACAACAACAGCCGCAAGCUACUCUUCAUCUGUCUGUACACCCUCCUUAACAUGCUUCUCUUCAUCAUCGCCAUGCUAAAGAACUCACAUGGAGGGCCCUGGUUCAUGGUGGCUAAGGCCUGCGGUCAAUGUCUCAACCUUAACUGCACUUUUGUUAUUGUUCUGAUGUUGAGGCGUUGUCUGACAUGGCUGCGUGCGACCUGGGUGGUAAGGGUUUUACCUUUAGACCAGAACAUUCUAUUACAUCAGAUCGUGGGCUAUGCUAUCUUGAUCUUCACCACUGUGCACACCGGAGCUCACGUCAUGAACUUUGCCCGUAUGUCACAGAAUGAUGGAAAGUACCAGCUGUGGGAGUAUCUAUUCACUAUUCGUCCUGGUAUUGGCUGGGUGAAUGGCACCGCCUCUAUUACUGGCAUGGUUUUGCAAGUUCUCAUUUGCCUGAUGGUGGUGUGUUCCAGCACAUUUGUCAGACGCAGUGGCCAUUUCGAGGUGUUCUACUGGUCUCAUCUUUCUUAUGUCUGGGUUUUGGCCUUGUUGAUUGUGCAUUGUGCCAACUUUUGGAAGUGGUUUGUGGCACCAGGCAUCGCAUUCCUCAUUGAAAAGCUGGUCGGAAUAGCAGUUUCUCGCAUAGGUGGACUGUACAUUGUUGAAGUCAACUUACUGCCCUCCAAGGUAACACAUUUGGUAAUUAAGAGGCCUCCUUUCUUUCACUUCAAACCUGGAGAUUACGUGUAUAUAAACAUCCCUGUCAUCGCCAAAUACGAAUGGCAUCCAUUUACCAUCAGCAGCGCCCCUGAGCAGCAAGAUAUACUGUGGCUCCAUGUUCGUUCUAUGGGCCAGUGGACAAACCGCCUCUACGAGUAUUUUAGAGAACUGGAGAGUCAAGCCAUAAGCAAAAAGAGGCUCACCGCCAGCCUGAGGAACAGACAACACCAAAGGAGAGCGCAGCUCUCAGCUAAAUUAAGUGAAAAUCACAGAUAUUGUAACAUUAAGUGCUAUGUGGAUGGACCAUUUGGCACUCCCACCAGACAGAUCUUUAUGUCUGAGCAUGCGGUGCUCAUUGGAGCCGGAAUUGGAAUCACUCCCUUUGCUUCCAUUUUGCAGAGUAUCAUGUGCCGUUACCGCAUGAGAAAACAAAACUCCAACUGCAACUACUCCUGGUGUGAGACCAUCAAAGAUGAUGAGAUGAAGCUGAGGAAGGUGGACUUCAUUUGGAUCAACCGAGAUCAGAAAUCCUUUGAGUGGUUUGUGAGUCUUCUGACCAAACUGGAGAUGGACCAAGCGGAUGAAGAACCAAAAGGCCGUUUUUUGGAGAUGCACAUGUACAUGACAUCAGCCCUCAGUAAAAAUGACAUGAAGGCGAUUGGAUUGCAGAUGGCUCUGGACCUACUGGCCAAGAAAGAAAAGAGAGACUCGAUCACAGGGCUUCGUACACGAACUCAGCCAGGCAGACCAGACUGGGCCAAGGUGUUUCAGAAGGUGUCAGAGGAAAAGAAAGGAAAGGUUCAUGUGUUUUACUGCGGUUCUUCUGCUCUGGCCAAAGUCAUCAAGGCCCAGUGUGAACACUUCGGCUUCAACUUCUACAAAGAAAAUUUUUAAAGAAUUUAGAAUGACUUAAUACAGGUCUUGCUUCACCAGUUGUUGGUCACAACUGGCCCUCUUCUGAUGUUAAACGUGUAUUAUGUUGCUUUUCAGUUCAUCUGAGCUCAUUAUUCAUCUGCGUUCCUGCCUUGGUCUCAGCACUUUACAGAUUAUUUUACUUUUGCAUCCACUAUACAUCCAACACACCAGUUAGAAAAAAAAAUGCACAUUUAGAUUUAUGAGCUUUUGCUGAUAAGCUUGCUGUUUUACAUGUUUUAAAUGUACCAUGUUCCUGCAUGUUUAAAUUCAGUAUAAGUGUAUUUGUUAAAGUAACCUUUCAAUCCUUCUAUUGAACACACUAUUGAACACUUUUGUAUGUUUGUAUAUACAUUUUAUUGUAUAUAAAGCUUUUGUUUUUAUCAGUUAAUAGUGUACAAAUAGAGUGAGUGUUAACUUCAAUAAGACAGAAGACAUUUCAGUUGGUUCCAAGCAAAUAUCAAUAAUGAUUAUAAUAAUAACAUUAAUUAACUUGAGAAUAUAGGAGAUAUCAGAUACCCAUAUGUAAAUAAACAAUGAAAAAUAAUUUGUUAACGAAACAUGAUGACAUAAACAAGAGUUUACUUUACCAAAGCAAUAAUAGUUUAACACUACAGGGCAUUAUUAGACAUAAUAAUCAUUAAUAAUAGUUCUAUGUACAUCCUUGUGUAUGUGUAAGUGUUUUUAUCUAUGUGGAAAGCAUGCACUUUAUGUUGUUGCUAUCUGGUUCUGAUACAGAACAUAGAAUAUUCUUUUUUUCUGUCUGUAACCGUGCAUGUUCAUUAAAUAUAUUAUCUCUAAAUAUAUAAAGAUUUCUAAUGUUUGCCAUCUUUGUAGAAGGUAGGUGAUCUUCAUAGUUCACAGUUAUAACAAGAGAAAGUUGAUGUCAAUACCUGUUUCAUUAAGUUUCCUGUUCUGUUGUCAACUGUUACAUAUUGUGGGAAGAUUGGAAUAA